AUGCGUGGAAUUCAGAUCAAAGAAUACGUCGAGGGCCCAUCAGAUCUCAAGGUAACAUCACUUCCCGACCCAACACCGGCUCGAGACCAGUACACGAUUGGCAUCCACGCCUCUGCGACCAACUUCUUCGACCUCCUCCAAAUUGCCGGCAAGUACCAACACCAACCGCCUCUCCCCUGGGUCUCCGGCUCCGAGUUCGCGGGCGUAAUCCUCGCCGUGCCUUCUGCUCUUCCCAACAAUCGGACUCCCAAGUACAAAGUAGGGGACAAAGUCUUUGGGGCUUCACAAGGAGGAUAUGCUACGAAAGUCUGUGCAAGAGAAGAGGCCUUGAAGCCCGUUCCUAAAGGAUGGAGUUUCUUCGAAGCAGCUGGUCUGUUCGUUACUGCACCCACAAGUUACGGUGCUUUGGUCACUAGAGCUGGAGUUAAGAAGGGAGAUUGGGUACUAGUACAUGCUGCGGCGGGAGGAGUUGGGUUGGCUGCUGUGCAGAUUGCGAAAGCGUUUGGAGCGACAGUUAUUGCGACUGCGGGGACGCAACAUAAGCUUGAUGUUGCAAAGAGCUUUGGUGCUGAUUAUGGGAUCAACUAUGGGGAAGCCAAUUGGCCUGAUCAGGUCAAGAAGUUGACUCCCAAGGGGAGAGGUGUGGAUAUCGUUUAUGAUCCCGUCGGUAUGAUCGACAAAAGCACCAAGUGCAUUCGAUGGAAUGGGCGACUUCUAGUUGUGGGCUUUGCAGCGGGAAGUAUCGAGAAAGUGGCGAUGAAUAAGGUUCUCUUGAAGAACAUAAGCAUUGUUGGCAUCCACUGGGGUGCAUAUGCAACCAAUGAACCGGAGCAGAUCGAGCCUGUGUGGAACGGUAUCUUCAAACUGAUUGACGAGGGCAAGUUUCGAGGGACUGUGUUCACAGACAAAGAAUUCGUCGGAUUGGAGAGUGUGCCCGAAGCAUUAAAAUCACUCGGCAGUCGAGGGACAUGGGGAAAGGUCGUAGUCAAGGUUCCUCAGGAAGGGCAGAGCAAAUUAUAG